UCAAAAUAAUUGUCUUUUAAAUCGAUCGACCCUUUCAUCAUACUAUAUUGACUAUUUUCCCGGUUGUUUUAACUUAAAAACCUCUAAAACUAUAUCAAAACUCCAUCGGUAACAUUCCCCUGCGCUCGACAUAUGUUUGAAGUGUACUUUCCAGUGUUUACUCUCACUGUGUAGGGUUUCCAAGUCUUGCUACGCAUGAUCGGUUGUUUUGUCCGGAAAUGUUGGUUUCGGUGUUGAAUUUCGGGUAAAAAAAGACAGGAUGGACCUUUCUCCGGACGAGGACAACUUCCAGGGCCGCCUGUUGCAUCAGGCGGCGCUGUGGGACAACGUGGAGCUGCUGCAGGAGCUGAUCUCGAGCGGCGCGGACGUGAACUCGCGCGACAGCUGCGGCCGCACGGCGCUGCACGGCGCCGCGCUGGCGGAGCGCAGCCGCUGCCUGCGGGCGCUGUGCGGCGCCGGCGCCGACGUGGAUGCGCGCUCCGACCACGCCACCGGCGGGAAGACGGCGCUGCACAUAGCGGCGGAGCGCGGCCACGUGGAGAACAUCCGCGCGCUGCUGGCGGCCGGCGCGGCGCUGGCGGCGCCCGACGCGGCCGGGGACUGCGCCCUCGCGCUGGCCGAGCGGAAUGCGCACAGGCACGCCGCGCACGCGCUCCGGGACGCCAGGGAUGCCCUGGAACGUGAACGCCUCUCUCAACACGCUCAGCUGCGAGAGGUGCUGUCCCGCGGAGACACGCAGCAGCUGAAGGCGAAGUUGGCAGCAUUGGGGACUGCUGCCGGCAUUGUGGCCAACCUGACGCCGAAUGGCGCCAACACUCUGCUAUACGUGGCGACCGAGGCGGGCCUCACCGCGGCCGUGUCGGCGCUGCUGGAGGCCGGCGCCGACGGGCGCGCGCACCCCGUCACCAAGUACUGCCCGCUGUACAUCGCCGCCUACCACGGCCACGGCGACAUCGCCAAGCUGCUGCUGGCGCACUUCCCCCAAGCUGUACAGCAAGAGACGGUGGAGAAAUGGCUCCCGCUGCACGCGGCCUGCAUCGGCGGCCACGCCGGCAUGGUCACGCUGCUGCUGGAGUAUCCAUACCCUCAGCAUCUGUACUCUACGUACACCGACCCGUCGGGCAAGUGGCAGUACCGCGCGGCGUUUGACGUGAACGCGCGCGACGUGAGCGGCCAGACGGCGCUGUACGUGGCCUGCACGCUGGGCAACCUGGCCGUGCUGGAGGCGCUGCUGGGCCACACCGUGCCCUGCACGCCCACCACCACCCCGACGGAGGACCCGCCCCCCGCGCCUGCGCAGAUCCUGUCCCCGCACCGCGGCGGCAUCUCGCUCGGGAUACACGCCAUCGUCAACAAACUCACUGGAAAUAAAAAGGACGCCCCCGCCGAGAGCGAGCGCCGCGUGCGCCCCGUGAGCGUGGAGGCGUGCCGCGCGGGCGACAGCUGCGUAGCGUGCUGCGCGCGGCUGGGGCACGUGCGGCUGCUGCGGGCGCUGCUGAGGGCCGGGGCCGACCCCAACGCGCCCGCCGCAGACCCCGCCGGCGACCACGGCGCCGCGUCCCCCCGCAGCCGGCGGCGCUCGCGCAGCGCCUCCGCCCCGCGCGCCUCCGCCGACCCGUCGCCCGCCAGAUACAACGCCGACAGGGAGGUGCCGUGGACGGCGCUGGCGCUGGCGGCGCGCGCCAAGAACGUGCAGCUGGUGGAGCUGCUGCUGCAGCACGGGGCCACGGACCCUCACUGCCGCGCGCUGCGGGAGUGCGCCCGCCACGGCCUGGGGGACCUGGUGUGCGCGCUACUGGCCACCAAGGCGUACCCGGACCCGGACUACAAGCUGAACAAGUCGGCCCUAUCGGAGGCCGUGCUGUGGUCCCAGGGCGGGGCCGCGGAGGACUCGUCGUUCCGCGCGCGCUGCCCCUCCACGCCCGUCAUGCUGGCCUGGCGCCAGCUGCGCUGCCAGCUGCCCGCCAUACGCAUGAGCUGGGUCCGCGCGGCCGCCCUGCGCGUCAACUCGCAGCUGGCGGGCGGCGCGGCGGCGCUGCACGCCAUCACCAGGGUGGACGUGGCCAACAACGAGCUGCGGCUGCUGCCGCCAGAGCUUUUCAGCUUGAUCAGCCUCAGGUACCUGAACGCGGCCCAGAACAAGCUGGAGCGCCUGCCGGGCGCCGCCGAGGGUGGCGACGAGGAGCGCCGCCGCCGCGGGCGCCGGCCGCCGCCGCCCGUGUACACGGCGCGGGCGCUGCACGAGCUGUACCUGCAGGACAACCGGCUGGAGGAGAUCCCGGCCGCGCUGUUCUCGCUGCCGGCGCUGGCCACGCUGGACGUGUCCAACAACAAGCUGCGGCGGCUGCCCACCGCCGUGUGGGGUGCGCCCGCGCUGCGGGACCUCAACGCCGCCUUCAACCACCUCAAGGACCUGCCGCACGCCGAGGCCGCCGGCGAGGCCGCCGCGACGCUGGUGUCUCCGUCCGAGUGCUCCCCGCAGCUCAGCGCCUCCUCCUCCCUCGGCAGCGGCAACUUCCCCUUCCUGCAGAAUGCUAAGUCGUGGUCGCGCAGCCCGUCCAUAGAGGCGAGCGAGUCGGAGGCCGACGACGAGGACGCCGUGCCGCGGGUGCGGGGCCGCGCCGGGAACGCCGUGUGGUCGGCGGCGUCCCGCGCGCAUGCGUGGCGCGGCGCCGUGGCGGCCGAGGCGGCGGGGGCCGCGGGGGCGGGGGCGGGGGCGGGGGCCGGGGCGGGCGCCCCGCUGGCCAGCCUCAACCUGGCGCACAACCAGUUCAGCUGCGUGCCGCCCGCCCUGGCCUGCCUCGCGCCACACCUCACCAGGCUCAACAUGGCCUACAACUCGCUCAGGUCGAUGUCGUUCGUGACGUCAUACCCCACCAGCCUCCGCCAGCUGGACCUCAGCCACAACGAGAUCUCCUGCUGGCCCAGCCUGCCGCAGGUGGAGCACUUCGGGUCGUCGGAGGGGGACCCACUGGCGUGCUACUGCGCCGGCGCAGCGCCGCGGGCCGCGCGGCCGCGCUCCGGGGGCUCCGUGCGGGCGCAGCUGCUGAGCGCCGCAUGUCCAGCCAAAAGACACCUGAGGCUCGAGGGGCUCAGGACACUGAUCCUGGCCAACAACGUGCUGACUCGCAUCCAGCUGACGACGGAUGACGACGGGCUGCCCGCCGCGCCCCACGACGGCUCCACAGACCACGAAGACGACGCCGACUGGGCUGCGGGCGGAGCGCUGCGCGCGCGGCUGCUGUUCCCGCUGCUGUCCAUGCUGGACGUGUCGGGCAACCUGCUGCGCUGCGUGCCGCCGCACAUCCACGAGCUCACCAACCUGGCCGUGCUCAACAUAUCAGGGAACAAGGACAUCACGGACCUGCCCCCGACGAUGGGCCUCCUGUCGCGCCUCUGGAACCUGUCCGCCGCCGGGUGCUCGCUGCAGGAGCCCCUCCGGUCCAUGCUGGCGGGCGGCAAGUACCGCAGCAUGGACGUCGUGGGCUACCUGCGCUCCGUGCACCACGAGGCACGCACGUACACCCGCCUCAAGCUCAUGCUGCACGGCGUCCAGGGCAUCGGUAAGACCAGCCUGUUGGAAUGUCUUCGGCAAGAGUCUGCCAUACAACACAGGAGGAAGCCCACAGACCACUGGGCUAAGCGCAUGGGCAACAAGUCGUCUCGCCGCGGCAACAUGUCAACAGUCGGCGUGGAUAUCGGGACCUGGACCUACGAGAAGCAGAGGUCCAACCGCGGACCUGUGACCUUUCGGACCUGGGACUUCGGCGGCCAGCAGGAGUACUACGCGACUCACCAGUACUUCCUGUCGCGGCGGUCGCUGUACCUCGUCGUGUGGAAGGUCACGGACGGUCGCAAGGGCCUCGCCUCCGCCCUCAACUGGCUCAGGUCCAUACAAGCCCGCGCCCCCGGCGCGCCCGUCAUCAUGGUCGCGACACAUUACGACCAAGUGGCUAAUAGCAAUCUCCCUGAGAGCGAGAGCCCUGAGGCUCUACAACGGGUCAUCCGCAGCGGCAUCAUGGGCGCCGCCGACGCGGACAAACUGGGCCUGCCGCGUGUGCUGGACUCCGUCGAGGUGUCGUGCAGCACGCGUCACAACAUCAGGCUUCUAGCGGACAUCAUCUACACCAUCGCGUUCAGCGUUAAACCUCCUGGCAGCAAGGAGCCGCUGUUGGAGCAGCGUGUGCCGGCGACGUACCUGGCGCUGGAGGAGUGUGUGACGGCGCUUGCGCAGGAGUUGCGGGAACCGGUACUGCGGCAUGAGGAGUAUAAGAGACUGGUGACGCAGUAUAUGCAGCAGCGCGGGAUGCGUAUGUUCCGGGACGCGGCCGAGCUGCACCAGGCGACUAUGUUCCUGCACGAGAACGGGGUGCUGCUCCACUAUGACGACGCGACCCUCAAGGAGCUGUACUUCCUGCGGCCGCAGUGGCUGUGCGACGUGCUGGCGCACGUGGUCACCGUCAGGGAGAUCAACCCCUUCGCCAGCAGCGGCAUAAUGAAGAUCGAAGAUCUGGCGCAUGUGUUCAAGGCGUCUCCCCAACUGGCGCGCGGCGAGGAGGCGAGCUGGCUGGGGGUGUCUUUGUUGAACAAGUUCGAGCUGGCGCUGUGCUGGGACGCGCGGCUGCUGCUGGUGCCGCCGCUGCUGCCGGCGAGGGAGCCGCCGCAACAGCAGCUGCCGCUGCGCCCGCGCUCGUGGGCGUCGGACCGCGCCGCGCCGCCCCGCGCCUGGCCGCUGCCGGUGGCUGCGGCGCCAGACUCGCGCGGGACUGACUCGCCUACACUCAUCAACGACUCGUGCGCCAGCACGGUGGCGACGGGCCGCAGCGGGGCGGCGCCGCUGCGGCGGCUGCUGCUGGUGUCGUACGUGCCGUGCGGCUUCUGGGCGCGGCUGGUGACGCGCCUGCUGGCAGACACCGCGCUGCGCGGCGCCGCGCCGCUCAUGUACACGCCGCCGCCGGAGAUGGAGAUGGACGAGUCAAUAUCAAAGGCGUUAGACCUCAACUGGGGCUGGAAGCUUUGGUCGACGGGGCUCAAGCUGGUCAGCGGGGACCUGACGAUGUUGGUGGUGCGCGAGUUGCCGGCCUCGCGGGACCCGCUGCUGGGUCCCCUGCUGGGACCUACCCACGACGGAGGGGUCUACAGGGACCUCAGACUCCGCGUGAAGCAGGAGGGCGGAUGGUGCGAGCUGGAUGUAUCAUCUUCGGCGUGCGUGGAGAUACAGCUGCCUGCGCUCACGUGCUCCGUGAGGAGGGAGGACCACGCUCCAAUUGGCGGCUACCAGAGUAUCAGCCUGGAGCCGAACCCGGAGACGCUAGCGAAGCUGCUGGCGCUGGUCUCCGAGCACGUGGACCUCCUGCUGGAGGACUGGUACCCCUCACUCGGCACUCGGUUCGUGCACACGUCGGAGGGCCGCUGCCUGAUCACGCGCGUGGUGCCGUGCCCCGCCUGCCUCAAGGAGCUGCAGCCGCAGGACCCGCCCCGGGAGGACGACUACCCUCUCUCGCAGGCACUCCGGCGGCUGGAGCUGGAGGGCGCAGCGGGGGAGGGCGCGGCGGGGGAGCGGCGGCCGCGGCUGUCGGAGGAGUCGCGGGCCUCCGACGGGGACAGCGGGGUCGGCGCUGAGAGCUGCGCGUCGUCCCGCCUGGGCUCUGUGGAAGGCCAGAUCUCCAGCUCGCGCGUGGCGACAGCGUGGAGUGUGGAGGAGUGCAUCCUGUGUGCCUGCAGCGGCCAGCAGCCGGUCUGCAGCCACCACGCCGUCAGCCUGAGGGACAUAGCGCCUGAUCUGCUGCUGCUGGACGUAGAGGAGUCGAAGCGCGCCCGCUGGGAUCAGAUAACGCGAGGCGCGGUGUGCGGCCGGGGCGCCUUCGGCACCGUGCUGCAGGCCGUGUGGCGCCGCCCGGGGCACGACGACGUCAAGGUGGCUGUGAAGGCGCUGCAGCCGGUGGCUCCGCCCGGACCCACCGACCUUCAGGCGCACCACGCGUACAAGGCGGCAGUGUCCCGCUGGGAACGCGAGCCGUGGUCGGCGGCGUGCCGCGCGUACUGCGCCGUGCGGCAGGAGCUGAGCAUCCUGCAGCAGCUGCGGCACGCGCACGUGCUGCCGCUGCUGGCCGUCACGGCCGCGCCGCUCGCGCUGCUGCUGCCGCUGGCGCCGCAGGGCGCGCUGGACGGCGUGCUGCGCCAGUACCGCGGCUGCGGCGCGCGCAUGGGCCCGCGUGCUCUCCGAGCCGCCGCGCUGCAGCUGGCGCGCGCGCUCGAGUACCUGCACGCCAGGAGGGUCGUCUACAGGGACCUCAAGUCUGAGAACGUGCUGGUGUGGGCGAUGCCGACGCCGCAGGAGGCGGCCGCCGCCGAGGCCAGCCCCGCGCCCGUGGACGUCCACAUCAAACUGGCCGACUACGGCAUCAGCCGGCUGGCGCCGCCCUCGGGCACGAAGGGCUUCGGCGGCACAGAGGGGUUCAUGGCGCCCGAGAUAAUGCGCUACAACGGCGAGGAGGAGUACAACGAGAAGGUGGACUGCUUCUCGUACGGCAUGGUGGUGUACGAGAUGGUGACCCUGCGCGCACCCUUCGAGGGCCACGAGGCCGUCAAGGAGGCCGUGCUGGAGGGCGCCCGGCCAACGCUCUCGCCCAGGGACCUGGAGUACCCGUGCUGCAUCCUAGAGAUGAUGCGCCGCUGCUGGGCCGCAGCGCCGGCGCUGCGCCCCUCGGCCGCCGCGCUGGUGGCGCUGUGCUGCGCGCCCGAGCUGCCCAACCUGCAAGACGCCGCGUCGUGCAGGCAGGCCGCGGCCGCUGUGGCCGUGCCCGUCGACACCGAGGAGGGCGGCGGGUGGGAGGUGUGGUACGCGGGCGAGCCGGAGCGGGUUCACACCCUGCUGUGCACGCCCACCGCCUUCACUCACCACCACACGGUGCGGAUACCGCCCGUGAAGACAGAUCCGGUGACAGUGACGGCCAUGUGCCGCGUGGGGCCACGCGUGUGGCUCGGGGACUCCGCCGGGAGAGUGUCUGUGUACAGCGCGGCGUCGUGCGCGCGCGAGUGGGAGGUGUGCGUGCGCGAGGCGGUGGGCGGCGCCGCGGCGGCCGUGGCGGCGCUGUGCCCGCUGGCGCCGCUGCGCCGGGUGGCGCUGGCGCUGCGCAGUGGCAGGUUGUUCCUGGUGACGAGCACGCGCCCGGAGGCGGAGGGCAGCUUCGUGCUGACCGAGCUGGGCACCGCCACCGAGCUGUGCUGCCUCACGGCCCUCGCCACGCACCAGGGCUGGGAGGUAUGGGCGGGCGGCGAAGGCCUGUACGCGUACGGCGUGUGCAGCACGGGCGUGUGCGGCGCGGACACCCUGGCGCUGCCCACCCCGCAGCCCAGCAGGCGUGCAGACGCGGAGCAGCCGCCGCAGCACCAGCGGGUGACGCUGCUGGCGGCCAGCAGCGACCAACCAUUCGUCUUCGUCUUCUGCGACCCUGGAGUAUGCGUGUACCAGUACUCGGUGUCCACCAAGCAGCAGACGGCGCGGCUCGACUGCAGCAAGCUGGUGCCCUGCUCCGAGAGCCUGCAGACCAUCAGCAUCGAGCACCGCGCUCCCAGCACCUGCAGGCUGACGUCCCUGUGCUGCGCGGGCGGGCGCGUGGCGGCGGGCGCGGCGGGCGGCGCCGUGCUGCUGGCCGCCGCGCACUCGCUGGCGCCGCUCACCGUGUUCCGGCCCUACGAGGAGCACGUGUCGUGUAUUCUGUCCUUGGAGGCUCAUGCUGCGGCGGGCGACUCCAUGCUGGCCACGAUGGGCACCGGAUAUCGACCGCUCAUAAACAGAUACGCGCCGCAGCAACAGUCGAAUAACAACUCCAGCCAGCCAGCCAACAACUACGCCGGCCCCUACUGUCUGCUGUGGCGGGCGCUGCACUGGCUGCCCGACUAAACCGACUACAGCGACUACCGACUACCAAGCCCCCGACUAUUGUAGUCUCGAGUCGUCUCGACUACCGACUACCAGGAUGUUGAACUAUCGUAGUUUGGAUUAGUCUCGACUACCGACUACCAGGAUCCGAAUCGUAGUCUCGACUACCAACUACCAGGCUACCGUCUAUCAUAGUCUCGACUACUGACUACCACGGUGUCCAACUAUAAUAGCCUCGAGUAGUCUCGACUACCGACUACCAGGUUACCGACUAUUGCAGCCUCGACUACCAACUACCAAAGUCACGACAUACGUAGUUUUGACUACCGACUACCAGGAUGUCCAUCUAUCGUAGUCUCCAGUAGUCUCGACUACCGACUACCAAGCCUGUGGUUGUAAUCCAUUUUAAUAAGCUAGAUGACUGGGUCAAAGGUAAAUUAUAUAACGCUAAUCUAGAAAUAGAAGUCAGUUUAAGAUGAUCAAAAAUCAAUCCCAUUUUUCUUUUUACUUAUUCACGAAUUUUAUCUUAAAGUAAUCAUAAUACAUUAUAAACUAUAUCUCCACCAACCCGCAGUGGAGCAGCGUGGUGGAGUAUGCUCCAUACCCCGAUUGGUUGAGGGAAGGCCUGUGCUCAGCAGUGGGACGUAUAUAGGCUGUUUACGUACUGUUAUGUAUAAGAAAGUGAUAAAAACGCGAAUAAUAAUUUGCUUCUCCCAAUUUCAUGUGAAAAUAGAGUCGAUACACGCCCGUAACCUCAACCGGGGUGGGCAGAACGACUAGUCUAAAUGCUAUACAGGGUGUUAGUGACAUCGCAACUGAGGGGGAUGAUUCAGACCAUGAUUCUGAGUUGAUAUCAAGUGGAAAUUCCUGUCGGAAAAUUAAUGAUUUUUAUGUUUUUUUCAAUUAAUUUCAUUCCAUACUUUUGCGACGAAAAAUUCCACUUGAUAUCCACUCGGAAUCAUGCUCUGAAUCAUCCUUCACAGUUUUCGUUACGUUGUCACUAACAGCCUGUGUACGAUGGCGACCCAAAAAUUUAUUUAAUUUUACAAUAAUAUUCGCAUAAUAAAUAAUAAAUACAAUUAAUUUCCAUCAAACAAUUCUGUCCAAUUAGUAUGCACUUAUUAUAAUUAAAUAUGAAUUAUUCAAUUGAAUGCCUUCAACGCAUAAAAUGCCAAGUUAUUGUAAGGAAAUAAUAUUUAUUACAUCAUCUCUAACCACCCUGCAAGGGAUAUACCUCGAAUUUUAUAUACUUAAUUCUGUUCAUAUUACAUCAAUUUAAUGUAAAAAUAAUUGCAUGAUUAUAUUUUAUUAUUAUGUACUAUUUCAUAUUUAAAACGUUUAUACAUUAAUUAUUUAAAAUAAUUUAAAAUUAUGAUAAAAUAAUUUAUGAUAUUAACUUUAAGACUGGUCCGUGUAAGAUUUUAAUUUUUAUUUUGUGAUUUAUUUUUCUUUUUAUAUUAUUUUAUGGUAUUUUAUAUUAUUUUUAUGAUAUUAUGUGAAGGAAUCGGUUGUGUAUUAUGGUUUGUGGUUGAUUAUUUUAUGAUUAAUUUCAUAAUUAUUAUUUUUUUAGAUUUAAUUUGUUAGUGCUAGUGUGCGGGUUCAAAUCCCGUUCGAAACAUUUUCGAUUUAAUAUUCUUUCUCGUGAACAAUUUUGUGUUGGUUUUUAUUUUUUUGUACUUAUGAGAAUAGUUUUUAGUUGUUUCAAAACACACCUUGAUAACAUACAUGUGUAAUUCACACCCGUGAUUUCUAUCGGGGUGAGCAGAGAGGAGAAACCAUAUAAGAUAACUAGUUAGUAACAAAUUUGUUGACAAUGCGCACUUGUCAAAUGUUAAAUUCCACUUGAUAUCAACUCGGAAUCGUGAGCUGAUUCAUGCUCCUAAGUAUUCGUUACGGUGUCACUAAUACCCUGUAUAUAUAUAACUAUAACAGCCAAUAGUCAAUACACUGAUUAUUAUUUAUACCACUUUAAAGCGUCGUCGUAUCCACUAAGCAACAACUGCGCGCAACAUAUAACGCUCAACAUAUACGGCAACACUGAACAACAGCGCACGAUGUUGCCAGCUGAAACGCAACAUGACAAAGUAUUUAUUGCACACCAUAUGGUUAAGGGUGAAUAUCAAAAUUUCAAGUUUGGUGGCGAACUUUCAUAUUAUUUUUUCGUGAAAAAUUCGAUUCCGACAUGAAAAAGGAUAGUUCUAGCUACGAGGUAACUUAACUAUCCUUUUUCAUGUCGGAACCCAAUUUUUUACGAAAAAAAUAAUAUGAAAGUUUGCCACCAAACUUGAAAUUUUGAUAUUCACCCUUAACAGUUGUUAUAAAUAUUAUUAUAGUACAAACAAGAAAAAAUAACAAGUUUUGGCGUCAGAUCUGGCAAAGUUGUUAAACAUAAGUUGCGCGGUAAUUUUCAACAUGUUGUGCGAAAUGUCGCGCGCCAAAUGUUGCCAAGUACUUAUAACGCGGUUUUAAUAUAUUUUUCUUUGUCUUACUGUACACAAGUCAGUGCAAUGAUAACCAAUUUAGAAGUAAGUAUUAUGCUUUGUCAUAGUAUAAUGUCGACACUGGUGCUAAUUCCUGUAAACACCAUCUAAUUUUAUUUUAUGUUAUAGCUGUCAUUUUCUUAUCCGCCGAAAAGGAAAUAGACGGGUGGGUAAUUGAUAGGCAUAAAAUUUAUGGAAAUCACAUCAAUUUUAAACAUUCAACAUUGGCCAAUAACCCGACAGAAUUAAGUUGACAGCACACGUCAAACGGUUUGCAUAUCAAGGAGAUAUCUAUUUGAUUCGCCCGGGUUAUCCAUUCACUCAUUCAUAUGAAGAUUUCAAAUCUGUCAAUCAUCCGUCCCUUUCCUUUUCGGCGGAUAGGAAAAAGACAGAUAUAACCUAAAAUUUGGUGUCUACAGGAAUCAGGGUCAUAGUUCGUGUUACUGAUACCAAAGAUUUUAAAUAAUAAAUAUAAUACGUUUAGAACUGA